AUGUUGUUCCUUGGCUCAGAGCGGGGGCAGUUCGAAGCCGGUGCGCGGCCGUCUGCCCAGAUGAGGCUGCUGACGCACAACCUGCUGCAAUGCAAUAAGAAAGGCGUCCAAAAGGGCUACCCGCUGAUCAUCCAAGCGACAGCCAUGAAAUACGAGGAGAGCCCCUUUGACAAAGACUUCGUCAGCGCCAUGAUUCCAAAGCUCGAAUAUGACGCUUUGCUGAAGGCCUUGUCUGAAGUCCGAGCAUGUCCGAAUAUCGCAGGAAGAGAAGCGCUGGCAGCCAUCCCGGAGCUGCCGGCUUCGCUGCCAUCGGAUCACGAGAACAACGAAGAGUUCUUGAAGACGUUGCAUGUGGUUCUUUUCGAUCUGCAUUUGAUAGAAGGCAAGCUGGUUUGCCCUGAGUCUGGCAGGGAGUUCCCAGUCAAUGACAGCAUUCCAAACAUGCUGCUCAACGAUGACGAGGUAUAG